UUUGUAAAAUGUUGAUAAGUUUAUAAAGAAAUGGUAGAAGAUGCGGAAUCGCCAGGGGUGGCGCCAUUAAUUGUUUUUUAACCAUAUAAUGUUUAGCUUUUAUGACUAUUAACUUAUUCUCGUAACGUGACAUCCUGGUUGUAGCCGUGAAACAUGGUGGAAGAGGAAGAGCUGCGGUCUUUUAUGUUCCUGAUGACUUACAUGCUGCUGAAGCGCAGGAGGGACAUAAACAACGCAAACGUCCAGAGGCGCAAUGAGAUUCAAAGACGCGUCAGACACCGACAGUAUUUCCUCCAGAGACAGAGGAGGAUGCUCAUGAUGAUGAUAGCAGGAAAUAUGCCCUCCAAUGCCCGCAUCCGCACACGUCCCUGGGUCUCCACUCCAAGAACUGACUGGUGGGAGCGGGUGGUGAUGACAGAAUUCCAGCCCUCUGAUUGGCUGGACAAGUUCCGCAUGAGCCAGGAGACGUUUUUCUACCUCUGUGACAAACUGAGGCCUCGUCUGGCUCGCCAGGACACCUGCUUCCGCCUGGCACUGCCGGUUGAGAAACGUGUCGCAGUGGCUUUGUGGCGCCUGGCAUCAAACAUCGAGUACCGCACCAUCAGCACUCUGUUCGGUGUGGGGAAGUCCACCUUGUGCCGGUGUGUCAGAGACAUGUGUCACGCCAUCGUAGCGCUCCUCAGCUCAUCCUACCUGCGAACUCCCGAUGAACAGGAGCUGGAAGAUUCAGCACAGCUCUUCCUGUCUCGUUUUGGUUUUCCUCACUGUGUUGCUGCCGUAGCAACACUCCAUACUGCUAUCAUCUCUCCAUCUAACAAUGCAUCCGACUAUGCUAAUCCUGCCGGUUGGCUUUCAGUGCUGUCUCAGGUGGCUGUCAACGGCCGAGGGCAAUUCUGGGAUGUGUGUGCCAGUUUCCCAGGUGGGACGGACCCAGCUGACAUCUUACAGAACUCAUCACUGUGGGCCACAGCUGCAGAGGGUGGACUAUCGCCUGCUACACUACCCAUUUUCAUGGGAAAACCACUCAGGUAUGUGCUGCUGGGAGAGACCUGCUACCCGCUGCAAAGCUGGCUGAUGAAUGCUUAUCCUGAAGAAAAAGGCAGAGGAGCAAGUCACGUGGCACUGACGGAGUCACAGCAGCUCUUUAACCAGCAAGUCACCAGAGCGCUCCAAGUGUCUGAGGAGGCGCUGCUGAGGCUGAGGGCACGCUGGCAGUGUCUGAGCAAGAGGAACGACUGCGGACUGGAUGUGGUUCCCACCAUGAUCCUGGCUUGCUGCAUUCUGCACAACAUUUGCGAGUCCCAUGGGGACGCCUUCAAGGUAGAGUGGCAGAUGGAGGUGUCCGAAUCAGAGAGCCCUCAGCCCAGCCACAAGCAACUCCUCUCAACCAGUUUGGACCAAAGUCAUGCCGAAGACGUCCGGAACCUCUUCUGUGAUUAUUUUGAGCUCCAAAAUAAUUGAACAAAAACUCUUGUUAACCUUUGAAGCAGUGUUGCUGCACUGUAGAACUGUUCCUAAGUCUGUGACUGUUUCCACUUUUCAGUAUUAAGUGUUAAGUAUCUUAAUGCUGUUAAAGCUGGUCCACCCUCAUUCCACCCUGACAGGGUAAAGAUCAGACUGUUUAAAAGAAAAGAAAAACACAUCUGACAAUUUGAUGUCCUAAUAUCAUAAUGCAUAAAAGGCUAGAAACUCCUUUUGAUUGGGGCAGUAUUUUGGAUCCACCCUGUGUCCAAAUUUCACAAUUUUGCUACACUACCAAUAAGCAACUUAGAAAAUGUCUUUUCCCCACUGUGUUUGUGUCUCUAUGGACAAUUACACUUUUGAUACUCACAUAUAUUCAGUAGAUUAAGUGUUGUACAUUAAAGCAUCAUGUUUUAAAGUU